AUGGAUCAGAUCUUGAGUGGAUUGCAAGGAGUACAGUGCUAUUUGGACGAUAUUCUCUGCACGGGUGCAAACGACGAAGAGCAUCUUCGCAACCUGGAUGCUACACUGCAGAGGCUACAACAGUAUGGACUCAGAGUUCGCAAGGAGAAGUGUGAGUUCUUGAGACCAUCUGUGGAGUACCUAGGUCACGUUAUUGAUGAAAAAGGCCUACACACAGCUCCUUCAAAGAUAGCGGCUAUUGUAGAUGCACCCUCUCCUGAAAAUGUGAGUCAGUUGAGAUCUUUUCUAGGCCUCUUGAACUACUAUGGACGGUUUAUACCUAACCUUGCAUCACUGUUAAAGCCGUUACAUGAACUGUUAUGUCAUGACAAGAAAUGGAGAUGGACGAAUGACUGUGAAAAAGCUUUUCAGGAUGCAAAGGAGGCACUUACCAGUUCAGAGGUUCUGACACACUUCAAUCCCUCACUUCCAAUCCAGCUGGCCUGUGACGCGUCACCCUAUGGAGUGGGUGCCGUCAUCUCUCACACAUUUCCAAAUGGUGAGGAAAAACCAAUUGCAUUUGCUUCUAGGACAUUGAAUAAGGCAGAGUCCAACUAUGCUCAGUUGGAACGUGAGGCACUGAGCAUCAUUUUUGGAGUGAGGAAAUUCCAUCAAUAUUUGUAUGGAAGGAAGUUUACCCUUUUAACAGAUCACAGACCCCUCACAACGAUCUUGGGACCGCACACUGGAAUACCAUCGCUUGCAGCUUCACGUCUUCAAAGGUGGGCUUUGUUGUUGUCAGCUCACUCGUAUGACAUAAAGUAUCGCAAAUCUGAUUCUCAUUGCAACGCAGAUGGACUUUCCAGGUUACCACUCCCUGUUACCAAACAUGAACCUAACACAGUGGACAUUUUCUAUUUCAAAAAUGUGGAAAGGGCACCAGUUUCAGCUGCCCAAGUGAAAAAGGCGACCAGAAAUGACCCUGACCUGUCAGUAGUCAUGGACAUGGUAAUUAAAGGACAAUCGAAAGUUGAUAGCUCCGCUCUCAAACCUUUUAUUGAUAGAAGGUGGGAGCUUUCUGUCCAGUCAGGUUGUCUGCUGUGGGGAAGGCGGGUUAUCCUUCCACAGUCACUGCGUGCUAAAAUGUUAGAGCAGCUGCAUGCAGGUCACAGUGGGAUAGUGAAAAUGAAGGAAAUGGCUAGGAGCUAUUUUUGGUGGCCAGGAUUAGACAAACAAAUAGAAAACAUGGCCAAAAGUUGUUCAUCUUGUCAAAAGACUCGUAACAACCCACCUGCAGCUCCUCUACAUCCAUGGGACUUUCCACAGGACCCUUGGUACCGCAUUCACAUAGACUUUGCAGGUCCAUUUGAGGACCGAAUGUUCCUGAUCGCUGUCGAUGCUCACAGCAAGUGGCCAGAGGUAGCUAUCAUGAAAUCUACUACAUCAGAAAAGACUGUUGAGGAACUUGGAGAGAUGUUUAGCCGUUUUGGGGCUCCUGUUCAGCUCAUCUCAGAUAACGGUCCCCAACUCGUGUCAAAAGAAAUGUCUGAUUUUCUACAAGCAAAUGGAGUUCAACACAUUAAGUCAGCCCCAUACCACCCUGCAACAAACGGGUUAGCAGAGAGGUUUGUGCAGACUCUCAAACAUGCACUGAAAGCCUCACAAGGACAAGGCACUCUGCACCAAAGGCUGCAUGAGUUUCUUCUCAAGUACCGCACCUCUUCACACUCAACCACCAAGGCAUCUCCUGCAAGCCUCAUGUUCAACAGAGAACUUCGAACGAGCUUGGACCUUCUCAAACCUCCAACAGUAAAAGACAUUGUUCAGGCAGACCAACGAAAACAAGUAAAGUACAGAGACAUUCAUGCGAAAGAUCGAGUGUUUGUACCUGGAGAUUCAGUGCUGGCUAGAAACUAUCAGAGUAAGGUAAAGUGGGCUCCUGCCACUGUCAUUGCCCAAACUGGCCCUGUCUCCUACACUGUCCAGACAGCUGAUGGAGUUUGGCGCCGCCAUGUGGACCAACUUUUAAAAACACCUAACACUACUCAAGAACUAGUGCUGCUCUCCGUGUUGAGCCGUGGUUUCCUGACCAGUAUUUAUGUUGGCUAUGCAGUUGAUGAGAGUCGGGCACGAGAGUGCUGCUCUCUGUGUUGA